AUGAUCGGCUCUGAUGGGAUCAGCUGUCAUGGGAUCGGCUGUAGGGACAUGAUCGGCUCUGAUGGGAUCAGCUGCCAUGGGAUCGGCUGUAGGGACACGAUCGGCUCCAAUGGGAUCGGCUGUAGGGACAGGAUCGGCUCUAGUGGGAUUAGCUGUCAUGGGAUCACUGGGGCGCCCUCCCUCUCCGCUCUCUCAUUCCAUGACGUCACUUCCUCCAUCUCCCGCCAUCACUUCCGCCGCCGCCGCCGAGCCCGGGAAAACCGCGCGCGCGGCCGGGGCCGGUUCCGCUUCCGCUUCCGGCGCCGCUUCCGCUUCCGGCGGCGGCAGCGGCGGCUCCCGGGGCCGUUCCGGGGGUCGGGGCCGUUCCUGGGGCCGUUCCUGGGCUCGGGGCCGUUCUUGGGCUCGGGACCGUUCCCGGGGCCGUUCCCGGGCUCGGGGCCUUCUCUCGGCCCUUCCUCCUCCUCCUCCCCCGCCGUGGCCGCUCCUCGGUGCCCCCCACGCGUGUCCGUGACCCUCCCUCGGGCCCCGCGGGGCCGCUCGGCCGCCCUGCCCGCUCCGCCGCCGCCCCGCAUGAGGAUGGAGCGGGCCCGGGACCCCCCGGACAGGAAGUUCGUGCCCCCCAAGAGUUUUUCCUGCCCCUCUGGAAGUGCCUCCUGCGGCCUCGGCUUCUCCCCCCCAGACCCCGUGGAGUUGCCGUCCCUGUGCCGGCAGUGCCGGCCCCUGUCCUGCGGAGCCAACGGGCAGUGGAGGAGCUCGGGGGCCGUGGGGGCCUCGGGGCCGCAGAAACCCCGGCUCAGCAGGGGCUCCUUCCUGGAAUCCCGCAAAAAUCCCAGCAGCACCUCCAACAGUUUUGGGGGCAAGUCCAACCACCACUGCCACGGCUCGGCCUUUCCCCUCAAAGCCUCGCCCGGCCCCUCGUGCCGGAGAGGCCUCCUGAGCCCCAAGAAGACCCCCAGGCGCUUCAUCAGCACGGCAGAGGAGACGGUGCGGGAGGAGGAGCGGGAGAUCUACCGGCAGCUGCUGCAGAUGGUGACAGGGAAGCAGUUCUGCUCCUCCAAACCCUCCUCGCUCUUCCCCUUCCACCUCUCCAGGUGCCCCAACAAUUCCACCCAGCCCCUGCUGAAGGAGCCGUCCGGCGAGGAGGACUCGAAACCCUUCGAAGCCCCCCGAGCCGCCCCAGCCCCUCCCCACCCCCCCAGCACCCCCCCAAUCCGGGGGCAGCCCCUUCCCAAACCCCCCCCUUGCUUUUCCCCCGCUUUCCCCUCCGGCAUCUUCCCAUCCAGCAAUUCCAGAGCCCAGGAACGGGAUGAGGCUCCACCGGCAUCCACAGCCCAGCCCGAAGGCUCCGACUCCGUCAUUUUGCUCAAGGUGAAGGAUCCCAGGACGUCGGCGCCGAGCCCUCCCUUCUUCCAGGCAGAGCUGUGGAUCAAAGAGCUGACCAGUGUUUACGAUUCCCGAGCUCGGGAGAGGUUGAGGCAGAUUGAGGAGAAAAAAGCUUUGGCUUUGCAGCUGCAGAACCAGAGGCUGCAGCAGCGGGAGCAGGCGCUGCCCGGGCGGGUGGAUCUGAACCUGCGGGUGCCGCUGGAGAAGGAGAUCCCGGUGACGGUGGGGCCGGAGCAGGAGCAGGAGGAGCAUCCCAAGGGCCCCGAGGGAGAGGAGGAAUUCCCGGAGAUCACCGAGGAGAUGGAGAAGGAGAUCAAGAGCGUGUUCCGGGGCGGGAACCAGGACGAGGUGCUGAGCGAGGCUUUCCGCCUCACCAUCACCCGCAAGGACAUCCAGACCCUCAACAACCUCAACUGGCUCAACGACGAGAUCAUCAACUUCUACAUGAACCUGCUGAUGGAGAGGAGCAAGGAGAAGGGGCUGCCGGCCGUGCACGCCUUCAACACCUUCUUCUUCACCAAGCUGCGCUCGGCCGGCUACGGCGCCGUCAAGAGGUGGACCAAGAAGGUGGACAUCUUCUCCGUGGACCUGCUGCUCGUGCCCAUCCACCUGGGCGUGCACUGGUGCCUGGCUGUCGUGGAUUUCCGGAAGAAAACCAUCACCUACUACGACUCCAUGGGGGGCAUCAACAGCGAGGCCUGCAGGGUCCUGCUGAAGUUUUAAAAUUGGUUGAAAAGCAGUUGGGAGGAUCCCACCUUGGA